AUGAUCCCCAGCAUCCCUGCUCCACUGGUCCAGUCAGAACCACUCACAGGUUACUCGACCUGCAGUCGCAGUCACACUGGGAUCCUGCAUCCUCACUCGUCCGCGGCAGCAAUCAUGUCUGCACCGGGCAGCAGUACCCCUCAAAAAGAGACCGAUCAGCCCUCGAAAAUCUUCCGUGGCUUUGUGAGCUUCUUUUCCGCUGGAUCGAUAUUCUUGGUCUUUACCUUUGCCUAG